AUGGCAGCUCGAUGUCGACGGCGACGAGCAGUUUUUGCGCCUGCUGCUGCUCUGAGAAGACAACGCCGUGCGCAGGGCAGCGCUACUCGAGGUCCAGGUGGUGGACGCCGUUUGGGCAAUGCAGCAAAUCGCGAGGAAGUGGCUGAUGAAAGCAGCCAGCGAUAUACGGUUAAAAGUGUUUGUAUAUUGUUUCGUUGGUCAGUGGUGGGUCAGUCGUUGAAGUGGAGGGGCUUGUCGAACAGCCAGGAUUGCUUGGAGGCUAGCAGUUGCCUCACGGCUGGUCCAGUUCACAGCGAUGAUGAGCGCCUCAUUCCAUUUCGGAAUUUAUCAGCCGAAGAGGACGAUGGACUGCCGCCGCCCCGUCUAUGGGACUUGCUCGACACGGAAUGGGAAAGGAGCGGUGGACACUUCGAGAUCCAUCGAGUGAGGGAAAUGAAGUAUCCCAAUCCGGGCAUGAAGUCGAGACUGGGCGGCGGAUGGACACUCUGUUGA